UCUGUCCCCACCUGCUCUUUUAAAGUAACACCCCAUACAAGCUGAGAGGGUGACUGGCUCAGAAAGAGAGAGAGAGAGAGAUGUGGAUCACUCUGUAUAUUUCUCUACACUUGCUCUUUAACUGCAUCACUGCAGCUUCAGUCCUAAGAUCAGAUACCUGUCAGCUCCAGGGACACUUCAAGUUAAACAGCGUGCACCAGGAUGGAGAUGUUAUACUUGGAGGACUGUUUGAGGCUCACUUUUUUACAGUGUUCCCAGAGUUGAGCUUUAGAACAGAGCCAGAACCACCAUACUGUGAAAUAUUUAAUAUGGAAAGCUUCCAACAUUCACAGACCAUGGCUUUUGCAAUAAAUGAGAUCAAUAAGAAUUCCAAUCUAUUGCCUAAUAUCACUCUUGGUUACCAUCUAUAUGACAACUGUGUGAUGCUAGGCAUGGCAUUUCGGGCUGCCAUAUCCCUGGCUAGUGGGACAGAAGAGGACUUCUCCAAUCUCAACUGCACUGGCCCUCCACCGGUGAUUGGAGUGGUGGGGGAUCCUAGUUCAACUCCAUCCAUUGCAAUUUCCAGUGUUCUGGGGCUGUUUCGAGUACCUAUAGUUAGUCACUACGCCACUUGCUCCUGUUUGAGUGACAGAAAAAAGUACCCAUCCUUCUUCAGAACAAUCCCUAGUGAUGCCUUUCAGGUGCGGGCAAUGGUUCAGAUCUUGAGGCAUUUUGGAUGGACCUGGGUUGGUCUCCUCUACAGUGAUGAUGACUACGGCAUCUAUGCUGCUCAGUCCUUCCAGCUGGAAAUGCAGCUGAUUGGACAUUGUGUUGCUUUUUCUGAAAUUCUGCCCUAUGAUAACAACCCCAGAGAUAUUCAGCAUGUACUGGGAGUGAUUCAGGCCUCUACAGCUAGAGUGGUGGUUAUUAUUUCCCCUUCAUCAUUAGUGAUACCUUUGAUGGAGGAGGUGGUUUUGCAGAACAUGACAGGCAAGCAGUGGAUUGCGAGUGAAUCUUGGGCCACUUCACCUGUGUUUCACACACCACGUUUCCUGCCCUUCCUUGGGGGCACACUGGGCAUUGCCAUCAGACGUGGAGAGAUCGAGGGGCUUUAUGACUUCCUGUUACAUCUUCGUCCCAACAAUGAUCCAAGAAAUAAUAUGUUGAGGAUCUUCUGGGAGAACAUGUUUGGUUGCAGUUUUGAAACGGGGGGUAAAGAGACAGAUAGAGAAGUGAAAAGAGUGUGUACAGGACAGGAGGAUCUGAGCAUUACAGACACACCAUACACUGAUGUUUCAGAGUUGAGAGCAGCUUAUAAUGUGUAUAAGGCAGUUUAUGCUCUUGCACAUGCACUUCAUGACCUGAUGCAGUGUGAGGAAGGGAGAGGACCAUUCAGUGGGAACAGAUGUGCUGACAUAACAAACUUGAAACCCUGGCAGCUGGUUCACUACCUACAGAAAGUGAACUUCACUACAAGCUUUGGGGAUCAUGUGUCAUUUGAUGAGAAUGGAGAUGCUUUGGCCAUCUAUGAUGUGAUGAACUGGCAGCCGAGCUCAGAAGGAUCAAUAAGUAUUUACACAGUCGGUGUAGUAAAUGAAGAGCCGGAAAUAGGCACGGUGCUCAGACUGGAGGAGGAUGCAAUAUAUUGGAACUUUGAGACAAAAAAACCCCCACAGUCUGUGUGCAGUGAGAGCUGCCCACUAGGAACCAGACGUGCCACACGUAAGGGCCUUCCCGCCUGCUGUUUUGACUGCCUGCCAUGCGGAGAUGGAGAGAUUUCUAAUGCAACAGAUGUUAUUGAGUGCACCGUGUGUCCAGAUGAGUUCUGGUCCAAUACAGAUAAAGAUCAGUGUGUCCCCAAAGAAGUUGAGUUUCUGUCUUAUGAGGAACCUCUCGGCAUCUCUCUGACCACUGCUUCCCUGCUUGGCACCUGCUUCUGUGCUCUAGUGAUAUUCAUCUUUACUCGUCACCGUAACACUCCCAUUGUACGUGCCAACAAUUCGGAGCUCAGCUUCCUGCUGCUGUUGUCACUCAAACUGUGUUUCCUGUGUGUACUGCUGUUCAUUGGUCAGCCACAGUUGUGGACGUGUCAAUUAAGGCAUGCUGUGUUUGGCAUAAGCUUUGUCCUGUGCAUUUCCAGCAUCCUGGUCAAGACUAUGGUGGUAAUAGCUGUGUUUAAGUCAUCUCGACCAGAAGGAAAAGGCGCAAUGAAAUGGUUUGGAGCAGCUCAACAAAGAUGCACAGUCCUGAUCCUAACAGCCAUCCAGGUUGUGAUAUGUGCAGUUUGGCUAUCAACUGCCUCUCCAACACCCCAUAAAAACAACCACUAUAUCCGCUCCAUAAUAGUAUAUGAAUGUGCUAUUGGCUCAGUGGCUGGUUUUUCUAUGCUGCUGGGAUACAUUGGACUGUUGGCAGCAGUAAGUUUCCUGUUAGCCUUCCUGGCGAGAAAUCUUCCAGAUAAUUUUAAUGAAGCAAAGUUCAUUACUUUUAGCAUGUUGAUCUUCUGUGCUGUUUGGAUUGCAUUUGUUCCUGCAUAUGUGAGCUCACCAGGGAAAUAUGCAGUGGCUGUGGAGAUUUUUGCCAUUUUAGCUUCUAGUUUUGGAUUAUUGGUGGCCAUAUUUGCACCAAAGUGCUAUAUCAUACUUUUACACCCAGAGAGAAAUACUAAAAAAGCCAUCAUGAGAAGAGAAACACAAAAUAAAUAGUUUUGCUUUAUUGUGAUGUAAAAUUAUGAACUCCCACUUAAAACUAUUUUAUUGUUUUGGUUAUAUUAUUUUAUUUACUCAACACAUUUUACUGCCAUAUACCAUCAACACUUCUCUCUGCUGCUCUCGGGUGUGAGUAAUUUCACACAGUCUGCUUACUUAAAAUGACACUGAUUUAUAUGCUUCACAAUUAAAAGAUACAAUAUAGCUAAAUUUCAAAUGGUGGAACUUGUAUCAUCAACAUAUUUUGUCAUAUUGCCCAGCCAUAAAACUGCUCAAUUUUAAAGCAUUAAAUACAACUUUCUGUAAAGUUGAUUUGAAAUAAUAUGUAUUGUGAAUACAUAUUACAGCGGAAUUUUUUAUUAUGCUUCAGUCGCCACUUCUGCUUCUUCCAGUCAAGCAUAUGUUGGGUAAUGCAGCACUCUUUGUCAUAUUAAAUACAUUUAAGUGUGUUGAAGAUGGUUGAAAAUUAUGUAAAUACAUUACUCUGUGCGUUUGCUUGGCAGCUUCUAUGAGACACUUGUUGCACAUUACAGUAAGCUAGAUUGAUAUUAGAAUAUCAUAUUAAUAAACGCUGUAUGGCUUGUGUUGGUAAAUGGCAAGCAAUUAAUGUUAAAACAUAUUUUAUGAUGGAGAAAAUGCUGUAUUACUAUAACUAAAAUUAAAGAUGCUUAUCUGAUUAUGCUAUGUUAGCCACCUGACAAAAUAGUGUUUUUCUCUAAGGCAUAGUAAAAACAUGGUCCUCAUGGAAAAUCAAGAAAACUAUAUUCAAACAAUAAGACUAAACUUGUUGAGCUAUAUAACAAUGAUUAGUUUUAAGUAAAUGUAUCCAAACACUUGUUCCCUUGUCUAAUAAAACAUAUAAUAU